UACGAUUCAUUUUCAUAAAGUUUCGAUCUCGCAACUUCGGUAAACAGCCGCCAUCUUUUUUCCCGGUAGAACAGGAAGCGCUUCUUCUUCUACGCAAGCAACCGCCAAGGAAAGCACCCGCCCCCAUAGAACAGGAAGCGCUUCUUCUUCUACUGUAAGCAACCACCCGCCCCCGGAAGAAGAAGAAAAAACGCGCGGAUAUCACCGUACGUUUCAUUUCCUGUUUACAUCUGUAAAGACCACAAAAUGGCUCCUACUAAGCGACAAGGAUCCGGUUCAUAAAAAGACGCAAUCUCUCCAUCCGCACACGGAUUACUACCGUAUUUCACAGCAACUGAUAUUCCUGUGAACCGCACUGUGGAACGGGAGCACGUACGGUGAAUAUUCGCACCACAGGGAAUGAGAAGUCAUCCUUCACUGUGGUUCUAGCUUGCCAUGCUAACUUACACCCAUGGUGAUAUUCAAAAGGAAGACCUUGCCAAAAGAGACCUUUCCAGCCGGCGUCAUCAUAAAAGCUAACUCGAAGGGAUGGAUGGAUGAAGAAAAGAUGAGCGAGUGGUUAAGGGAAGUUUACGCGAAGAGGCCGGGUGGCUUUUUUCACACAGCUCCGAAGGCGAACACACCUUCACUAAGACGGGCAGACAGCGCCGGACGACAUACGCCAACAUUUGCCAGUGGAUCGUAAAUGCCUGGGCAGAUAUUUCGGUCACAACUGUGGUCCGAGCUUUCCGGAAGGCAGGAUUCACAGAACAACAGCGACACUGACUCCGAUGACUUCGACGAGACGGAACCGGCCAUUUUGGAUACCACGCUUGCGCAACUUUUCAAUUCGGACACCGAAGACGAAGAAUUCGAAGGAUUUACGAAUGAAGAAUAACUUCAGAAGUGUUGUGGAAACUGAAGAGGAAGAUCUUACCAGAGAGGACGGACACUAUUCAUUUCCUGAUAAUGAAGAGGUGGCCUUUCCAACCACUGAGGAGGAAGAAAUCCCACCCCCCAAGAGACUGACACAACUAGUGAAACAUUCUUCCAAAGGUAAAGCUGCCCAGAAAAGGCGACCCUGGACACAGAAAGAGCUGAUCCCACAGUUCUUCUUCAUCGUUUUGGGAAUGGGUGGAGCUUCUCUCUACCUGAUGCGAUUGGCCAAAGGCCCCCAUGUGACAUGGAACAAGAGCAGUAAUCCUGAACCUUGGAACAAACUUCAUCCCACUUACCAGUACAAGUUUGUGACCAUCACCACCGACUACAAGAAGCUCAAGAAGGAGGGACCAGAAUUCUAAACAUCACUCACUACACUAACUAACUAACUAACUAACUAACUAACUAACUAACUAACUAACUAACUAGACAGCUGUAUGUAAGCUAGUGUAGUUGUCAGCAUGAAUGUGAAAGAAUAAAUAUGAAUAAAUGAA